AUGAUCGCAUACAACCAAAAAGACUGCGUAAUUGUCUUCUCAGUCCUUCACCUUUGCAAGUUGAUGGUCAAUCUUCACAGUUCCAAUCAAAAGCUGAAGCCAAUUGUCCUCUCCAGAAUCGGCAAAAAUAGUCUUGGCAUCGAACUCGUGAUCAUCCGGAAACACAAGUCGAUAGUAUUGGAACUGCUUGAUAGCCGGCCCUCCCUUUGGUUGCUUCUUCUUGAGCUUGUCAUAACUAUGAUCCAAUGCACCCGCAAGUCCCUUGGCAGCGUUCGUUGUCGAUGCUUCAAAUGCAUCUCGAUGGAACCGCUGAUUGUAAUCCCAGGCGGGGAGUUUGACCAAUAUCUCAUUGCUGCUCGUAAUACGCGCCGAAUACCAAAAGGUCGUCAGAUCGUCCAAAAUCCAGCGGAGAUCCAAUAG